AUGGCUAAAGCAGUUGAAGAGGACCUCGAGGAUUAUCCGGAAAUGUUUGAGAAGUUGAAAAGUGAUGCGGAGACACCGUUGUAUGCUGGCCAGAUCCCUGGGAGGCUUUUGGGUGACGUUAGCCCCAGCGGAAAAGAUAGCUGCACAGUCCCUUCAGACAAAAUACCCGAGACGGUAGGAGAUGCGUUGGGGAGCUUCGUUGCAUGGCCCAGCCACCUUGUUAUGGUUGGUACACCAAAGCCGACAAAGGACCCAAAGCUGCCAAAGGACCCCUUGCCACCAAAGAAAAAGCCAAGGGGGAAAAGCAAAUUGAAGGAUAAGGUGUCGGGCCAUACUAAAGAGUCAGUCACGGUUUCGCAACAUGCAGUGCCUAUGCCUGUUGUAGAAAACAAAUUCCGUGACUCUCUUGAGACCUAUGCUUCGGCUACGAGGAUGAUUCGUCAAGAGCCGAUAGGGGAUAUCAUUAAUUUUGACGAUGGGCUAUUUGGUAGAGCAUCAUUUGAAGUCGUUCGGGAUGAAAUUUUGAAUGAAAUCCUCAAGCACGAUAUGGCGAGCACUAGUUUGAUGACUUUCUACAUGAGUCACCUUUAUACCUCAUUCGUGGUUCCUGGUGGCCUCGAGUCAAAGAUCAAGCUGGUUAAUCCUCAUGAUGUCUCUCCCCACAAUAAUAUUACAAAGGAAGCCCUUGAAAAUCAAUACUUCGAGGACGUCUAUUGCGUUCAUUAUACGAUUGCACAUGUAGAAGAGGUCCUUGAAGAGAUAACAAGACGUGCUGGCUUGAAUAGCUUGAAGGUAUUGAAAGAUAAUGAAAGAGGGUGCAAGAAAUUAAACAAGCACAUGAAGAUAGGAAGAGUGCAUACCGUCUGA